AUAACUCCAGCUUGCGAAAGUAGAUCUCGCGCGAUUUAAACUCGGUUGACAUUGCACGCAGGAAAAUGGCGCCGAAGUAUCCUUACGAAUUGGAUGUCUUUACAGUGCCUCAUAGCAGGAUGAAGGCACUUGUACAACAAUACUGUGAAAUGUUAACUCUGACUAAUUUCUCCAGUGCUUGCGAAGUGAUGCAACUACUAAAGCAGUUGGGAACUACAUUCAACGAAUUUAAAGAGCAUGAAACAAUUGAAAACAAAUAUAUAAUGCAGAAGCUGCAGCACAAGAUGCAACAGUUGUCGAUUACCAACAAUGUUGUGUGCAAUUGUCACAAAGAUUAUAAACUGUCUCAAAUGCUUCAACUCCUUGAAGACGGACUUUCCAAAUGUUCCAAGACUGACCAAGAUCGGCUUAACUAUGGCCUUAAACUGCGCAUGGCACUGGAUGACUUUACCAAAGACUUUAUUCCCCAUAUGCAAGAAGAAGAGGAGAUUCUGCAGCCGUUAUUGGUUGAACAUUUCUCUUAUGAAGAAUUGAAAGAAAUUCAAACUCAAGUCAUUGAUCAUCACACCCACCUACAAGAACAUAAAGUCUAUGUUGCAGAAUUAUACCAGAGCCUUCUUCAUGAUAACUUUUAUGGUAAUACUGAAUCUAAAAUGGAGGAAACUGAAGAGAAAGAAGAAAAGGAGAUUGAUGACAAAAAAGAAACACUGGUUCCAAUUGAGAGUCAACUGCCUGAUGAAGUAUGGCUUCAGAUUUUCUCUUUUCUGAAUCCACUUGAGCUCAUGUACUGUUCUAAGAUGUCUGUAAACUGGAAUCGGCUUACUAUGGACCCGUCCCUUUGGACGGUAGUGAAUCCAACCUAUUGGGCUAGAGGUUUCUGGACAUUCAAAAGUAACGAUAAUUUGUUGGAAGAAGUGACCCUGUCUGGUGUCUGCCCUCAAACUGCCAUCCAGUUUGAUGAAGAUGCUGAUAUUGAUGAGUCUGCCAAUACCUCUAGCAAGUAUUUCACUGAAAGAAAAUUCAUUGCAUCUUUGAGUGAGAGUCCUUUUUUGGAACGAAUUGGUCAUGGAGUUCAGAAACUUGACCUAGCUUAUUGUCAUGGGGUUACUGAUGAUGUGCUCCGAGAAUUUUUGUCCUUUUGUCCUAACUUAGAGUUCCUGGAUAUUUCUCAAACAAAAAUCUCUGAUAAAGCAUUCAAAAGUCUUGGUGAAAAUGGCUGUGGCUAUAAACUACAACACCUAGAUUUUACUGGUUGCAUUAAUAUCACUGAUAAGACAUUGAAAAAAAUUUCACUGGUUAUAGGAAAUCCAGUAUUUAACACUAAAUCAUUCCCCAUUUUGAAACUGAAAACGUCUUUAGAAAUUGAAUCUUGUCCAUUAGUGUCAUCACAGUGUGGCAUACAAAAUAAAAACUGCUCAGAAAUGCGGUCAUUUAACAUCAGCGAUGACCUGUUGCCAGAUUGUUGCAUCGGCUGCAACAUUCCAACAGUUUCUUGUCCUUUGAAUGCAAAUAAAUAUGAAAAUGUUGUCAUUAACAACAGAGACAAUUUAAGACAAACGUUAAGGACUUCAAAUUCACUGAAGAAACUUCAUAAUGAAUUUAUGUCAUAUAGUGACUUUUUGACUUGUGAUCGGACACUGACUUUUGAUAAUUGUGUGGAAAAUUCUAAAAUCAAACCACAAUCUUGUCAAGAGCAAAGCAGAGGACUUACAUAUCUAAAUCUAUCUGGUUGUUUCCAUAUCACUAAUGAAAGUCUGAGAGCUCUCUCCACUUAUGGAAAAUUAUCGAAUUUAACCUACCUUGAUCUUUCUGGCUGUCUGCAAGUCAGCGGUGAUGUGCUUGAAAAACUGGUGGAAUCUUGUCCAAAACUGCAGCAUGAAAAUCUCUUCUACUGUGAUAAUAUUAGCAAUGAUCCUUUUGAAUACACAGCCAGUGGAUGUCAGAAUCUACAGUGUAGCAACAGAGUUUGCUGCCGAAAUGGAGAGUAAGCUCAAUUUGAUGAGCAGAUUCAUCCCAUCUUGACAACUUGUUAUGAUCAACCAACAGAUUUUCUUGUCUUCUACUGUUAAAGUCUUAAUUAUUUUCUCAACAGUUCUGGGUAAAUUUUAUUAUAGCCUAAUUAGUAUCCCAAUUUCUAAAAAUGAUUAUUAACUUAAACUUGCUGAGUAAUUUUAAAGUUUCAUUCUUCCUUCUCAUUAAAUUCUGCAGUUAUUAUUAUUUAUUAUUUUUUAUUUUUAUUUUUAUUCUUUUGCAAUUGGUGAACAACGGCAUUAUUUGUUCACUGAAAUUAUCAUCAGUGAGAGUGACAAGGGAGUGUAUGUAUCUCAAUGCAGAACAAACACCACAAGGAAUUUCAUUUGGAGAGCGCUAUUUUUUUGUUUUGUUUUGUUUUGUUUGUUUUUUUUUUCUUGCUGAUGUUUACAUUUUUUGCUAACGUUUAUUUUCAACGCACACAAUGAAUUUCCAUGCAGUUCUGUCUACCAGUUUCCACUCAGAAGAUAUCAGUCAACUCAAAGUUAUGGUAGAAGAUACUUACCUAAUGUUUCUGUGCCGUGAGUUCAAACCCAAAACAGUGCAGUUUCAGAACAAACUCUUUAUCUCCCACAAUCAAGCACGCUUACAUCCCUAAUUUAAAUUUCACCUUUUCAUUGAAGCCUGUCUCAUCGACCACUUUGCAUUCCAACUCAAAAUUCUUCCUCAUCUUUCAUUUCAUCUCUCUGCUGACAUAAUUUUGUAUUAUUUUUCAUUAAAACAUUCUCCUGCUUUGCAACGUACAUGCUGAUGAUGAUGAUGCUGCUUUCAAUUUUUUUUUACCUUUACUUUCCAUGAAACUUAUUCACCAAAAGAACUCAGUGUUAAUGACAAUUCUUAACGACAUCACUCUAUCAGCCAGUCUGUCGGAUGUUUUCAUACACCACACUGGUCACACUGCUCUACCUUGCGUCGUCGUAGCUUUCACACGAUGCCACCCUACCUGCUAAAACAGGCCGACAGGCAGCCAGGCCAAGAUUCCCUCUGAGUGGGAUCACCAGUCCUUACAGCCGAGUGCAACUGGAGCUAUGUGGAAUGAAGUGUUUCGCUUCAGAAACACAACACACCACCAGGCUGGGAAUCGAAAUCACGAUUGCAGCACCUUUAUCCACUCAGCCUCACACCUUUGCUAAUAAUUAUAUUCAAAGAGAAGUUGAAGCCAUCCAAUAAUAAACUUCCAACAUCUACUAGCUCUCUCUCUCUCUCUUCCCCCCCACCCUCACUCUUUCUCUCAUAGCUACAACUGUCAUUGCUUCCAUCUUAGAAGACAAAAUGUCAAUUUUGAUAUGUGAUACUCUAUGCAAAUCAUAUGACAUUCCUGCAUUUUGCCCAUCUAAUCUUACUGAUGAGUUCACCUAGUUUUCCUCUUCUCUACAUUUCAACUAAUGCUCCUAUUUAUAUUACAACUAUAUUAUAUUACUGUACUGCAAUUAUGUCAUAGGUUCAAUAGACAAAUAUGCUGAUUGCUUCUCAUAGGCAAGCCACACAAGUUAAUUAUUAUUAUUAUUAUUUUUUUUUUACAUGAAUGGGCAUGUGGACUAAUUAGCAGUGACUUGUUAUAGCUCUCAUCUUUUACUGGUUUCAGUCAUUGGACCGUGGCCAUGCUGGGGCACUACCUUGAAGGGUUUUAGUUGAACGGCUCAACUCCCCUCCCACCUCCCCAGUACUUGUUUUUUUUUGUUUUUUUUUAAAGUCUAUCACUUAUUUCAUUGGUCUAUUUUGCCAAGCCUCUAAGUUACAGGGACAUAAACAAACCAACACUGGUUGUCAAGCAGUGGUGGAAAUAGACACAAUCACAAAUAUGUAUAUGUGAGUGUGUAUGUAUGUGCAUGUGUAUAUAUAUAUAUAUAUAUAUAUGGGUCCAAUCCAUGCCAGCAUAGAAAGCGGACGUUAAACAACGAUGAUAUAUAUAUAUAUAUAUAUAUAAACAAA